AUGACGAGUGCUGCUGCUGCCAUUGGUGCUGUUGCUGCUGCGACCAGUCGAGCGAUGGAUAGAAUGGGACCACAAGCUAGAAUUGACAAUGACGGUGGAAAUAAACAUGAAGGCAGGAAUAAUGCCCCAAGUGCAGUGGAACCAGUGGAGAUAACGAGUUAUCUGGAGUUAACUAACAUAGGUCAAGCAAUGGAAGAAAGCUCAAGAAGAACUGUGGUGGCAAGGAGUAAUCGCCAGGAAUAUUCUACAGAGAAAAAGGGAAAGAAGACAAAGAUUACACCUAGGAGCCAAAAUUUCAAGAGGGGUCAUUUUAUCACUUCACAUUCUCAACGCCAGAACAAUGACCAAAGGAACGACAGCCGUCUGGAUCCGAAUUCAGAAGGACAAACUAGUACUCAACCGGAAGACUUAAGGUGCCCAAGAUGUAAGAAGUACCAUUCAACCAGACCGUGCCCGGCCGGGCUAGGCGUAUGCUACCAGUGUGGGAAACCAGGGCAUAUAGCUCGGAAUUGUCCACACAAAAAAGGUCGGGAUGUAGCUGAAUUUGAUUCUCAUACCUGA